CAGUCACAGUUUACGCAUUUCGACUUCCCGCUCCACUAAUGAGCCAGCUUAUGUCUCUAAUAACGGAUACAGCUGUUGUCGAACCUUUCACUGAUUUUAGUAUAAGUACAUUGGUCUUUUCAUACCUGAGUGUUGACAAUGAUAUUAGCAUUGUUUGACGGAUUUCUAAAGGAAAACAAUGGCAAUUACUUCUAAAAUGAAGUAGUCUAACCUUUAGUCGCCAAACUAGGCACUCGUUAUAACAUCAGGGAAUUCGCUGAUCAGUGAGACUUAGAGGAGUUAUUGACACAAGACAAAUUAAUUCUGAACAAAACAACAAGUUUCAAUGGCUACGAUCUGCAACUUGACACAUAAACAACUGAGAGAAAGGAAACAACAUGUCAAGAAAUCGUUUUUACAUGGAUACAACGGGUAGAUUGAACGACUGUUGAUGUUUAAUUUUUAACUCCUUGUGGAUUUGGACAUUCCGAAACUUUGUUUACUUUAAUAAGUAAAUAGUGACAUUAAAAAAAAAUUAUUCUGAAUGCCAGAUGGAAUAAGGCAAAGCCGGCUGUUGUACGGAAAGGAAGCAAGACACAUCACGUAAAAUGAGUUCCAACGGGACGAUGGAUAGUGUCACGGUAUUGACGCCGACUGUCUCAGCACAUGACCUUGAAGAAACAUUGGACCAUUAUAACGAAAUUCAGGCUCUUCGAUAUUUUCCCGUAUUUGUUUUCUUAGUUAUCAUAAUGAUUGUCGGUACCGUUGGGAACGCACUUGUUCUGUACGUUUAUCGGAAACGAUUUAGAAAAACAUCUUCAAACUAUUUCAUAGUUUCGAUGGCGGUGUUUGAUUUAUUGGCCUGCUUGAUUGGACUUCCUACCGAACUGUACGAUCUGAGAUUUUCAUAUACGUUUUAUAACUCGGCCCUCUGUAAGAUUUUCAGAUAUAGCAAUACAGUUGUUACUUACGGUUCAGCAAUAAUACUGGUGCAGAUCGCUUUUGACAGAUAUUUCAAGAUCUGUAGACCGUUAAUGAUGAUUGAAUUGUAUAAAAUAAAAGCUAUGUGCAUUUCAGCUGGUAUAAUAGCCGUUCUUAUCUCAAUACCGGCAUUGGUACUAUUUGGAAUUUCCCGUACACCCACGCCGGACGAAAAUUAUCAAGGUUAUGAUUGUUCCGUAGAGGAAUCAUACAAGAAAAAAGCAUUUUCAAUAGUAUAUUAUUAUUUACUCGCUAUCGUUUUUGUCACAACUGUAAUUGUUCUAACGGCGUUGUACAUACGAAUCUGGAUUGAAAUCAAGCGGCGACAAAAGCUCGUUAUAGGUGACCCAGUCAGAACGUCUCAACGCGAAGAGAUUCCAAUGAACCAGUCCAGCAUUAAGGACUCGAAAACAAGAAAGCUUCGAGUACGCUAUUGCUCGGAAUUCAGUGAUGAAGACACACAGGAAGUAGCACCGAGAACAAUUUUCAGACCGAGGCUUUUAAGUCUCGCUGAAGCGGUGACGAGAUUUCGCGUGAGCAGGACUACGGUAGUGUUGUUUGCGGUUACUGUAGCUUUUGUUAUUAGUUAUAUGCCAGGAAUCAUUAUAAUGAUCUGCAGAUCAGUGAUCAAAGACUUGGAAAGCAAACAAACUGUCACAGAGCAAGUUUUUAGCAAAUUAUUCUCAAAAUUUAAUUUUUUGAACAAUGCCAUAAAUCCUAUUAUUUAUAGCUUUCUUAACGUAAGCUUUCGGCGGCGGUGUGUUACUGUGAUCAAGCAACUAGUGUUUUGUCGGCGAAAUGAGACUGUAAGAAGACCUAUACCAGAUAAAACUGACUCUCAAAAGAGUCACAAAAGCACAAAGAGCAACAAAAGCACUAAGAAUGAAGAGCAACGUUAUAUCAAGAAUGGUUUGCCCAUGUGGUUUGACAUUAAAGUUGCCCGGAUGGACCCAAAAACUUGUACCAACCAACCGAAGUUAACAAUCUAUAUAAGAUAGUAUUCAGGUAGAUCUCGGCCAUUUAAGUGGACAAAAUUUAUAUGUGAUGACCCCUGGUUGUCCAACCUUUUCUAUCAAUUAGACAAAGUUAUAUAAAGACUUAAGAAGAAGUGGAACCAGCGUGUUGGGGGAGGAGCUGAUUCCAUUGGUUAUGUUUGUUAUAGGUGUUGUGCAACAGCAUGUUGUCUGUAUAAUUAAAGACAUAAGAUAUAUAUCAAUAGCUGCAUUUCUUUCUCUUUCAAAUUGUUUGUUAAAAGGCAUAUAUAGAUAGCUGCAUUGUUUUAAACUACCAGAAGAUAUUUUUUUAAAUUGCUGUCCGUAUAAGAUAAAAUAUAAUUUAGAAGCAAUUCUGCAAAGGGGGUGGUGCUGUUAAAAGUUUUGGAAAACCAUCCUCAUAUUGUCCCAUAUCUUCAGUGAAUGUUUUAAGUUUGUUGGUUUGAUUGAUAGCAUUGUCUCCCUAACAGUACGUUCUUGGGAUUUCAUACACGUUUUAUAACUCGAUCAUCUUGUCAGAUAUGAGCAUACUGAGAGCAGUAAGACUUUUCAGCCGUUUUUGUGAAGGAGAAGGUUCAUUUUUUGCCCCAAAAUGGCCUAAAUCUUAAGGUAUCUAAAUGAAGUUGUCCAAGUUUUCAUUCACCAAGAAGUAUUGUUGUAUCAAAUAACUGCAAUAAUUUACAAUUUAUUCAUUAUCGACGAACAUAUUUGACGUAAAUGAAUAUACUUUUAACAUUACGGGUAUGGAAAGCCUUCCGUUUUUAACCGAAUUUUAUGAAAAUAUUGAUAUGGGAACAGCUAUCGAUCACAUUAAAAAAUAACCAUAUAUUCUUCGAAAGUAGCUGGACCUGUGGUUAAAAUGUUUUUGUGAUUUUUGACUCUGCUCACUACUUAAACCAUUCCUAUGUGACCUAAGUAUAGACGAAAUGCUCAUUUCUUUUCAAAAUUCUGUGAUUUAAGCAAUUUUCAGUGACAUGUUUUGAACAAAAUAAUAAAUCUGUUUCAAAAAGCUAAAGUCAGUAUAGAAGGUAAAUAUUCUGGUAGGAAACAACGUAUGUUUUUCCAGUUAUUACCAGUUUGAAAAUUUUCCAAAUUUUGUAGGCCAUAUAAGGCUUAAGUGAACCUUGUCCUUACACCUUUCUGCUUUAUUGAAAUAAAAAAGUGUCCCCUGGACUAACUAGUGUAUUUAAAAUGAAGUAGUUCUCGUGUUUUCUUUAAUUUAAAGUACAUUUUAGAGUCAUUUCCUCAUCCUAUUCAACGUCUGCCCUGUUGGUAUCAUUUUAUUCUGUAAGAAAUGUUCUCAUAUCAGUAUUUGUCGUGGUAAUACAUCUACCUUUCUGUUGAUUUUACAUCAUGUUGACAUCAGUUUUCAAGACAAUGUAUGUUACGUUAAUAGAUGUAUUCUAGUCGUUGACUGAACACAAUCACGGAGUUACUUUGUGAUAUAUACAAUAUAUAAAGUAAGCCUCUAUUGACAGGGUUUCAUAAUUUUAAUUGGGAUAUCGUAUAUUGUAUUUUAUGCUAAUGUAAUCUGCUACUUCGUUAGAAUAUUCUAUAACAGUGCUUUUGUUAAUAUUGUCCUGUUUAUGCAAUACCGGUGUGUUUCUUUAAAGGUAAUCAAAUGUGUAUAUUAUUAUAUCACUUUAUAGUCACAUUGAUUAAAUAGAAAAUUCAAUAUAUUAUCCGUUAUUGAAUUUGUUAGUGAGCCUCCACGGAAAUACGUGGGGUCAGUAUGAUAGAUGUCAGGGGAGGGGUGGAUGUAGGGGGUGGGGGAGGGGCGUUGAAUCCCAUAUUUAUCAUACUGACCUCAUAUAUUUUCGAGGAAAUACGUGGGGUCAGUAUGAUAGAUGGCAGGGGAGGGGUGGAUGUAGGGGGGGGGGGAGGGGCGUUGAAUCCCAUAUUUAUCAUACUGACCUCACAUAUUUUCGAGGAGGGUCAAAAACGAACCCUAUGAUUGAUUUGUUUUAUUAACCAAUUUUCUUUAGCCUAGAACAACAUGAAAAUCUACAAACCAUCCACAUAAAUACAGGGGGUCACCACGUGACAAUCAUUUAACCAAUGAAAAUACUAGAAUCGUAUGGGAGGUAAAACAAAAAUUAUUAAUGUAUGUCACUUUUUGUAUUAGAAUUUGUCUUCAUUUAUAACUAUCAUUUUGUAAGUUUAAAAAUGAUCUAGCUAGAUAAAAAGAAAAAGUAAAACUGCAAUAAAAUUGACUGAAAUAACUUCAUUAAAUAUUAUUUUGAAACCAUUUAAGAUUAUUAGACUUUCAUUGUAUUUAUAGAAAUGUAAGAUUUUACUACAUUUAUACAAUUCUCAAUUUCUCAUCAAACCAUAUUAAUGAAGUUAUAAACAAAAACAUCUGCAUGUAACAGGAAAUGAAAAAGACUUGCCAUUGAUUAUUGUUAUCAAAGAACAGUUAAAUCAUGUUUGAUACAAACACUUAGUAUGUUUCUUACUCACUAUUUGUAUUUUAUGUAAAUAAAUGACUGAUUUUGAUAAAUAAAGGCAGAAAUCA